UCCGGUCUAAAGAUCAUCCUUAGACUUCUUCUUCCGAGUCCGCCGACGUUUCUUCUUGCGACGAACCGGCGGCGCCUUCGGCUUGCCCGGCGCCGUCCCACCUUCCGGCUCGGGCGUUUGCUCAGCGUUCUCGUUCAGGUAGUCGACCGAGUCCCAGGUCACCUUCAUGACGGAGGGCUGCUCCGUCAGGAACUCGACCUGUGUGGAAAUCAACCAGUGCGUUGGGUGCACCCGACAAUUCUUCACUAAGUCGUUUCUCGGCGACGACGCGGCCGUCCUGGCUCGGUCGAGCGGUGAGGAAUUCACACCGCCACGCCGUCGAGCAGGCGUCGCGUCGAUGGCGUGGAGGACGACGCGAUGAUUCAGCACGAACGCGCCGUAAAUUUUGAUUUCCACACAGAACUCGACGACGUCGCGGCCGUACCAGCCCGUCAUCGUCGACAACAGCAGCUUCCGCUCGCCGAUCCGGUACGCCUGGACGUUCAGCCCCCCGGUCUUCAGCAACGCCGUCAGGAUGCCGGCGAACUGCUGCUCGGCCUUCUCGCUCCAGGCGUCGCCCUUGUUGGCGCCGGUCAUCUGCUUGUCGGUCAGUGUCACGAAGAGCAUCGCGGCGCCCGUGUCCGACUGCUGGUGCGCCAUCUGCUCGGUGAGUUUUUUGGGGUCGAGCUUCGUGAUCUGAGCGGGGUCCAUCCAGCCGCCGUCCUCGCUCGCGGCGCGCCGCCGUUCGAUCAUCUCCUCGUAGACCUGGGACUCGGUCUUGAGCUCGUCGGCCUCGUCGCCGCUCUCCCAUUCCCGGCCGACGGCGUCCAAAUCGACCUUGCUCCAGUCCUUGCUCGCGCGUUUCUUCUUCUUUUUGGUUGUGGCGUCGUCGCUGCGCGCACAGCCGACGAGCAGCGCGCAGAGCACGAACGCUGCUUGGCGCGGCAUUUUUAUCUCUCUCUGGAAGUGCUGCCACACCAAGGGCGGAGAGGUGAGUGCUGGGCUGGAGGUGCCACAGGCCCGGAGCAGCGACACGUGCAAAAAAAGCAAGCGAACCAAGCGCAGCUGUCGUCUCUCGAUGCCUGCGCACCUUUUCGGCGAGGCGAGCGCACUGGUGGCCGAUUAAGAGGAGUUUUUGUGCCGGCAAGCUAG